AUGGCGAAGACACAUUCUGCACCCACCGCUUCCACAGCUGGAACGAGCUCAACACCCUCAACAACCUCUAGCGACAACGAACCGUCCCCUCCAGCCCCAAUAAAACAAUACAACAUCACCCGGGCCAAAUACUGGUCCUACAAAAACCUCACCCUCACAGACUCCUCCACCUCCCAACCCGUCUACACGGCCACAACAACAGUCUCCCUCUCCACAACGCCGCAAAUAAACCUCCACUCCCCAUCCACCCCCUCCCAAACCCUCGCCGCCAUCCGCCUCACGCAUUCAAAGAACUUGCUAUACAAACUCGGCCCGGAAAUCGACUGCACCCCAAAGGUUGAAUGGAGCAAAGCCGUCUCGGAGUCGAAACUCGGUCGCUGCGUGCGAUUCGAGGUUGGUGGGAAGGUGUAUCGAUGGAAGAGGACGCAUAAGCGGGAGUGGGGGGCGAGGCGGUGGAGUGAUCGGUGUUUUAAGAUGGUUGAGGGGGAGGGAGGGGAGGCGAGGGUGGUGAUGGUGUAUGUGACGGGGAAUGUGUUGAGGGGGUUGGAGGUGGGGAGGGUGUUGGUUUUUGAGGAGGUGGAUGCGAAGAUGGAGGUAGUGGGGUUGGCGGUUGGGUUGGCGGUUGGGUUGGGGGUUGUGGAGAGGGUGAGGAAGGAUUAG